AUGCUGAACUUGCAUCUCAACUCGGAUGAUCUACUCAAACUAAGUGUUACUCCACGAAGGGCUAACGAUGGAGAUGAAAGGAUUGGAGUUGAAACCUGUUGCUUCUGUACGGUCAUUGUACAAUAUGUGUUUGAGAUUCGUAGCAAACAAAGACUUUUAAAGAUGAAGGCUAUGAAGAAAGAGACUGAAGCUGAUAGGAUGGUGAAAGAAGAGGAAAGGAGAAGGAAGAUUGGGUUAGCUAAUAAAGGAAAGGUUCCAUGGAACAAAGGCAUCAAACACACUCAAGCAGACACUCGAAGACGAAUCAAGCAGAGAACUAUUGAAGCUUUGAGAAACCCCAAGGUGAUUUUGUCUCUUUUCAGUGAUGAAACCAAGGAGAAGAUAAGAGCUUCAAUGAAACAAAUUUGGGCUGAAAGCUCAAGAUCCAAGAGAUUAAUGGAGAAUUUCACUUCAUUGUGGUCAGAGAGCAUUGCAGAAGCUGCAAGGGAAGGAGGAAGUGGCGAAGUGGAACUCGAUUGGGAUAGCUUCGAGAAAGCAGAACUAGAGAUUUCAUCUGAGCAGCAGUUUCAGUUGGCUGAAGAGAAAGCAAGAACAAAGGAACAAACCAAUAUGAGAGCAGAAGAAGUCAAGACUGAGAAGAAGAUGAGGAGAGUUGUGGAAAGAAAAAAAGAACGCCAAGAGAGAGACCAACGAGGAGGAAACACUAGAAAACUAAAGCAGAACAAAGAGAAUGCAACCGUUGCCUCACGUUCUAAACUGAAGAAAAGACUCACAAAGAUUCACAAGAAGAAAACAAAUCUUGGUAGAAUCGCUAUUGGGAAGUCUUCUGACCCAUGUUUGCGGGUGGUGAAGGAGGUCUUCUGUGGUUCUGACUCAUGUUCGGUGGUAGCAUAUGAGGCGGAUGCAGGUGUCAUUGCAUCUGAUACUUUAGGUCAUAAAACAGACUUUCCAUCGUAUGAAAGGUUCUCCUGA